AUGAGCUUCUGGGAGGGUGAGGUAGAUGUAGAAAGUACUAAGAAGCCUGAUGGUUUCGGUUGGGACAUUGACAUGGAGCGAGCAGUCUGGGUGCCUGCUUAUGGGGACAUACCUGCGUCGAGUUGCAAUGCAGCAACCUGGAAAGUGCCAUCAGAGUAG